AUGUUUUCACAGGACUCUCUACAGCAACGCGACGAUUUAAUCGGCGAACAACCUCAUGCAGGAAACUAUUUGGUUCCCAAGGAAUCCGAUGAGCGUCGACCAAGUGGGAAACCGUUCAAAUUCAAGAUCGCGACCUCGAUUAUCGUGAUUCUAUGCCUCAUUGCUGGCCACGCUUUGGUGAUAACGGGGUCUCAUGGGCAGCCGGUAAAAGACUGGAAAGUUCGCCCUUCAGUGAUUGUACCAAUAUUUUCGGGCAUUAUCCACGGUCUACUUGCAUAUCUUCUCUCUGCCGGAACAGCAAUCAAUUGGUGGGACGCGACGAGAAAAGGCACGACGCUCGAGCAACUUCACCAAAUUACCAACCGAGGGGCAAUUUUGGAAUGGAGUAAACUCAGAAAGUUUCUCUUCGUUGAUAAGAAUUUCUCGAAAGUCUUCCUUGCGACUUGCUUUAUCUCGCUGGCAUCAUUAUCAGCCGGUCCACUUCUCCAAAAAGCGACGAGCACGACGAACUCACAGUUUGAGACUCAAGGGGUGGAAAAGACAUUUGAUAUCCUUCCAGAGAUACCAGAUGGCGUCUCUGGUAAAGUCACGGUACAGCUCUAUGCUGCAGGAUUGGAUUUCACGGCCGCUAUCAGAGGAUGGUACCUAAAUGACACUAUUAGAGUACCACACGUUUCUGGUAGUACCUGCGACGGCCGUUGCCAUGGAUUGAUCAGGGCCCCUGGAAUAUCGGUCGAUUGCGAGCGAAGCCAAGAGAUAAUCGACUUGAGAGAUCCAGCCCAGCCUGGUGUUCAUCUGUUUCGCGUCAAUACGACGCUUGUUGAAUCGGAGAAAGGUAAACCAACCAUCGAUCUUGUCUCUAUAUACUCAGCAGCUGUCACACAGAACUGCAUGGCGACAGUGAUUCAAGAUAAAUGCAAAAUUCAUAUGGCUAUCGCAGAUUUUCCAGUCAUCAUCGAAGGGGACACAAUCGCGCUCGAACCGCAAACUAUUCCAGAUAUGAACUCUCCGAAUAGAACAUAUUCAGCAGGUGAUACUCUCGACGCACCGAACAACGCACUUGCUGGCCCUCUUCGCGGUAUUUCGUAUGCAAGCCAUUCGUUCUUCGAAUCAUACACUAAGGUCCCCAGAUCGGACUUUUGGGAGACGAUGGGGGUGCCAGCAGAGACUUUCUACCUCUAUCCGAAUGCCUCAUCGCAUGAGGAUAUUCCUAUAGGAUGUCGCCUGUUAUGGAAAAGCCCGACAGAAUGGGCGCUCAAUUCGAUGAGGGAGAUUAUCUUCAGAGUUGCUAUCAACAGCAAUAGGCAAACAAAUUCUACGAUCAGAGGAAAUGGGGUUCCCAUCCCACAGACUUUCAAGACGACGCAAGUGACUACUGAACUUGCUUUCCAGAGCUCGUAUGGAUGGCUCGCUGGUGGAAUUGCGGUCGAGAUUAUUGCUGUUGUUCUGGCGGUGAUGCUUACGUGGGGAUGGUGGGAUUUGACGAGGGAGGUCAGCUUGAGUCCAGUGGAGACGAUACAAGUCAUGCCGCAUAUCAGUCGUGAAUUUGAUAGGGAUGUGGAUGAUAUUAUUAAGGUUGAUGGCAGUUUGCAGGUUCAAUAUGAUUUGAUGCCUUCGAACUCGGUGUGA